GUGCUGGGGUCUGAUCACUGCUCACAACGACAGAGCUGUCAUGGCUGCUGCAUCUACUGCGACCCCUGUCAUCUCGCAGCCCCAGGUGACUCUGGUGCAGGAAACCACUGUUGUCACUGAUGCUGAGAACUGGAGAUGAGAGAGCGCAGCAUAUUAAAACAGAAUUGCAGCAGAAUUUGAAGUCCUCAGUAGCUUGAGUUGAGGCAGUUCACAGCCAUGAAUGAACCACAAUGCUUCUACAAUGAGUCUAUCGCCUUUUUUUAUAACCGGAGUGGAAAAUAUCUUGCCACAGAAUGGAACACGGUCAGCAAGCUGGUGAUGGGACUUGGAAUCACUGUCUGCAUCUUCAUCAUGUUGGCCAACCUUUUGGUCAUGGUGGCCAUCUACGUCAACCGUCGCUUCCAUUUUCCUAUUUAUUACUUAAUGGCUAACCUGGCUGCGGCAGACUUUUUUGCUGGGUUGGCUUACUUCUACCUAAUGUUCAACACAGGACCCAAUACUCGGAGACUGACUGUUAGCACAUGGCUCCUUCGCCAGGGCCUCAUUGACACCAGCCUGACAGCUUCUGUGGCCAACUUGCUGGCUAUUGCAAUCGAGAGGCAUAUCACAGUUUUCCGGAUGCAGCUCCAUACACGGAUGAGCAACCGGCGGGUGGUGGUGGUCAUUGUGGUCAUCUGGACAAUGGCCAUUGUCAUGGGUGCUAUACCCAGUGUGGGCUGGAAUUGUAUCUGUGAUAUAGAGAAUUGUUCCAACAUGGCACCCCUCUACAGUGACUCUUAUUUAGUCUUCUGGGCCAUUUUCAACUUGGUGACCUUUGUGGUUAUGGUGGUUCUUUAUGCUCACAUCUUUGGGUAUGUUCGCCAGAGGACUAUGAGAAUGUCUCGGCAUAGUUCUGGACCCAGGCGGAAUCGGGAUACCAUGAUGAGUCUUCUGAAGACUGUGGUUAUUGUACUUGGUGCCUUUAUCAUCUGCUGGACCCCAGGCCUGGUCCUGCUGCUGCUGGAUGUUUGCUGCCCACAGUGCGACGUCCUGGCCUAUGAGAAAUUCUUCCUCCUCCUCGCUGAGUUCAACUCUGCCAUGAACCCCAUCAUCUACUCCUACCGAGACAAGGAGAUGAGCGCCACCUUCAGACAGAUCCUCUGCUGCCAGCGCAGCGAGAGCACCAACGGCCCCACAGAAGGCUCCGACCGCUCGGCCUCCUCCCUCAACCACACCAUCCUGGCCGGAGUUCACAGCAAUGACCACUCUGUGGUUUAGAAAGGAAACUAAGACGAGAAGGCGGCUGUCUGCUGCGGAGGGAUGAGCAGCCGCGCCCCACCCGCCAAGGUGGGGAGCAGGAGGCGAGACAGACACUUGUGUACUUAAACACUAACCAAUGGCAGUAUUGUUCCUAGAUCCCGUGAGACUUGAUAUAGAUGGAAAAUUAGCUUAUGUGGCAACCCUCGUCCUGACCCCCAGACCUUAGGAAACUAGAAGGUGGAGUCCCUAGGGUGGAAUUCAGGAAUAGACUCUAAUGUAUCUAUUUAAAUUACAUUAAUCAGAGUUUAAAAGAUUUCGUGUGGUUUGUUGCAAGUGAGAAUACAUUCUGACUAAUUGAGUCCACAACUUCAUUUACAUGCAGGCUUCCCUUUUUUUAUUUUUUCAGGAUAUAUUUCAUUGAAUAAACAUGUUUAUGCCUUCCAGUAUGUCUGUGAUGGAUAAGACUAUAGGCGUAAACUACCACAAUUUCAAUUUGUUCCUUAUGUAGGAAAGCUGUAAAUUAGAAUUAAGUUUUUAGAAAACAUGCAUGUAAUACAUGUAUGUGGUAUGCUUUACUUAUGAAGAUAAAAAAUUAAAUCUUCUAGGAAACAGAAGAAUGUAAUUUUCAAAAGCGAUACCUAUUUAGACUCUGAAAGAAACAAUGCUGGAUUCACAAUAUUACACUGUUAUUAAAGUGUUGUACUAAGUAGAAAAGAAAAACUGUUUGUUUCCAAAAGGAUACAUACCCUGAAAAGGUCAUAGAAAAUGAAGCACAGUAAGUUUUCCUGCAAUUUAAAGUACCUAAGUACAUUAGUAUUGCCAGUACAUCUGAGAAAGUUUUUCAUAGCCUGU